CUAUCAGUGAAAUAUCAACUGUCAGACUAGAUAUAACUCUUCAGAAAACCCCUACUGUUGUUUUUUUGUCCUUAGAUUUAUCUGUGAUGCUCAGAUGGAGCCAGUGGGUCCUGCAAACCAAAAGCUUAAGCAGCAAUGUGAUUAUCCCCAUCAUGUGAUCUACAGCCGGGUAUGAAAGAGCCUUUUACAGGAGCAGUGAGCAGUCCUCAGAGGUUUGCAUGCAGCAGAAACGUACAGCAGAUUCCUCCUCGUCUCGGGUCUGAUCAUGGCAUAAUCAUCUGACUGAAGUGGAGACGAACACAAGAGGUUACAGUUUGGGUCAUGGAUCAUCAAACCUCGGGGCAGCUGAGUCAACCAAAUCACGCCUCCAGUUAUCAGUGGCUUUCCUUCGCCUACCAGGGCCUCACGGAGAUCCCUUAUGAGACCAUAUUAACGCAGACGGACACUCUGGAGGUGCUGGACCUGAGCUACAACCUGCUGGAUGAUUCUUAUUGGAACCCGGUUCUGCUGGGCCAUCUGGAGAAGCUCAGCACUCUGAUCCUGGACUGUAACAGCUACACGUCCCACGUCAAGUUCCCCUUCAUGCCGAGCGUCACCACACUGUGCAUCAACAAGAACAAGAUCAACAACCUGCCCGUGUUCGUGGAGGAGGUUCGGAAAAAGUUCCCCGGCAUCAAGAUCCUCAGUAUGAUGAACAACGAGGCAGCGCCGAGCUACUUCAACGGAGGAAGUCUGACCCAGUAUAUAGAUUACAGGCAAUAUGUGAUCAGUCAGAUUCCAGGCCUGGAGAUCCUGGAUGACACCGAGGUCAUGGAGAAGGAGAGACUUCAGGCGAGAAAAACCUACCGGCUGCAUCAGAGCUCACACAGUGGCAGAAAGAGGAAGAACAAUUCAUCCCGGAAGCUUGCAAACAUGCGAAAAAAGUCGAAUACCGUCAUAUGACAAUAGGACUCUAAUUUUAAACUGCUCCCUUAAAACCACCCUUUUUGUGUCACACUGUUAAUAUGAUGUACAUUGUGUUCCAUGUCUGCGUGAGUCAACAGCAUUUUGUUAAUUAUUUUGUGUUCAAACAUUGUGUUCUAUGAUCUGCACCUUUUAUUGAAUACAAAAACUCUUUCAGG